AUGGCAGGAACUCCUUUGGAAACGUUUUUGGUGGACUUGGACGAAACAAGAGGAAAACUUCCCUGCUGCCAGGAAAUUUCUCUUAUUCAGCGGCGUGUAAGAAAAGUUAUAAAGGCCAUGUUACUGGAAGUUCGGAGAGAAAAUCCCUUCUUCAUGACAACGCUUAUCAACAGUGGCAGCUUUUACGAAGGAACUAAAGUGGGAAAGCCUGACGAGUUCGACUUUUUCAUACAGCUUGAUGCUUUCUCUUUUCCAGAAGAUGUUCAUUUUGACGAACUUCUUUGUUCUACUGUGUGGGUGUUCCCAAGCGAAUCAGCCUGUGAGAAUGUGAGGUUUGCAUUCACAGAACUCUGUGAUUUUCAGUGGAAGAAAACCAUCAAGACGCCAUUCUUCAACAUUUUCAACAGCAAAGCCGAAAACUUUGAGGCAUAUGGGAUGAAGGUUGUAACCAAAACACAAUCUGUUUUAUUAAGACACGGACCAGCGUAUACUUUAUUGUUGCAAUGGAAUGGUGGAGAAUCGGAUCUUUACAAAGGAAUGGAAAUCAGUGUAGAUUUAACAUUAGCCGUAAGGAUAAACUCUACAUCACGCAAGGUUGAUUUGAAGUUUGAUUCCCCAAGCGGUCGAGUACUGAAGUCAGCUCUGGACAGUCUGCCAUAUUUCUUAGCUGUUGGCUCCUACAGGGAUCCUCUUUCUGAAGAACACCCAGACUACUUUAAGAAGGCAGAGGAACAGUGCCCUGGAUUGCGGCCGAUUAAUUUCAUACUGCGCUGUUCACAAUCGUCUUUUGAGCAGUUGCUGUUUGUUCAAGAAUUUGGCUCUGACAGCGGUCAAAGCAAAUGCCUCAGGUUACUGAAAGUGUUGCGUGACAUGAUGUUUCCUGAUAGCGUAGUAGGCCUAACAGAAUUAGACACGAUUUUGAUCCUCACAAUAGUCGAGUCUUCAAGUAAAGCUGGCAAAUUAAUUUCCUCUUACGUCCUCAAGACUCUAGUGUUGUAUGAAUGGCAGAAAAAUACAGACGCUGAGUUGUGGAGCGGAAGUAACCUGACUCAGCGCUUGAUCAGCAUUCUUCAAGAUCUGAUGGGACGCUUGAAAGACAAAAAACUGACAAGCUUCUUUUAUUCUGACUAUAACUUGUUUGAGAAGAAUUCUCGUGACGUGGAUUUUUCAAAUGCUGUCGCCAUUAUUCAAAUACUUGUAGAUCGGCUGGUAUCUUUCAAAAACGUGCCAGAGUACAAGUUUGAAGAGUGCUUAAAGAAAAUCGCCCAAGACUCAGUGAUAGUCUGUCGAAAGGAGAAGUUAACUACUUUUUUGUCCUGUGGAUUGCGCCAUACCUCCUCUGAUUAUGAUAUACUUCAAAAGGUAAUUGAAAAGUCACUGAUAAACCAGGGGAAGGGAGAAAUUUAUGAGUCGCGUGAAAGUACAUGUAAGAAUAGACAUCCACUGGAGGGUCUGGAGGGACUACACCGAUUUCAAGUGGAGGGUGAAGAACGUACACAAUUUGUGGAAAUUUACAUUGAAGCUUUCUUAGAUCAUAUUGCUCCCGAGGAAACCUUGGCUUUUACAAAUAUCAAGGUCAAGGCUCUUGAAUCUUUAAGCUGCGCGGUGAAACAAUUUAAAGACAUAGCGCGUCGGAGAAUGGCUGGACGCGAUUAUUUACCCAGCUACACACUUUGGAGCCAGGAACACUGGACAAUCGAACAGCCAAUUUACAAGUUGACAUCUGAUGAGCCAAAAAAAUUACUCGCAUUACUCUUCAAAAUGUUUCGGGAAGACAUCAAAGUGCUUCACGAUAAGUUGCAUGGUUGUUAA